AUGACUGAAUUCCUGGUCUGUUUUAACUGGUGCAGUGGUGAACAGCCCCAGCCGAAGAGGCGUCGGAGGCUGGACCGGAACAUGAUAGGAGAACCAAUGAACUUUGUACACACUGCGCAUGUUGGGGCAGGGGAGAUGAGUAGUGACUAUUCAUCAGCUGUAUCAAUUCAGGACCACAUGAAGUCUAAAGGUGGCUACACAAAUGGCACUUCUGCAACUGUUGAGAUAUAGGAAGCAGAGAGAAGGCUGAAAUCUGCUCUGUCUUAUGAGGAUCUCCUCGACUGUGCUUUCAUAUGCUCCAAAAAAUCCUUAUCUUGGAGUAGAGAGAAUGCUUGAAUUAUAAAUAGGUCAGUGCAAGCUUUGGUGUUUUUUGCACAAUAACUUCUGAAGGAGUUAUUGUAAAUUAUCCUUAAAACGGCCUGUCGUGGUAGUGUUGUAGUAGCAACUGUAAUUUGUCACUGUGGGUGAUGACUCCCUAACUGUGUCCCAACAGCCUCACAAAAUUGUCUUGUAGGAUGGCAUUGGAAGUCAGUAUGAAUUGUCUGAGGUUUUGGUUUCUGUCUUUCUCUCCCCUCAAGAAAUGCAAAGGUUGAUUUUAAUUGGAAGGUAUCACAUGUUGGCACUUUUUA